UGCAAUACGGUUACCAAAGCAACAAAAUUAAUCAGAAACGACCAAAGAGCUCGCUUGAGAGUAUGAACUCUAACUUGCCAUUAGUACAAGUUUCAGAGACAAACGUGGUAGGAGAGCACCAGGUGACAAUAAAUCUCAGCAUACUGCAAGCUGUGGAAUCAUCUGGCAAGGACACCUGUUACCGAGAUAGUGUGAGAGAUGGUGAGAGGAAGAGGAUCUACGAGUCCCCCAUCCCAAGUCAUCACUUUCAUGUAGAGUAUCGACUGCUACCAGGGAAGAAUGCACAAGUGUUCAAAACUGAUGUGGUAACGUUUGGUAAAGUAGUGGCCAAGGUGUACACUGACAGGGACAAUCGAGUGGUGCAAUGCUGGACUGAGGAGGAGGGAGAGGUCAAGCUCAGCCACUACGGCUGGAAGCACCAACAUACAUUUAAAGUGAGUAAAGACCAACUGCUGGCAAUCUACAAUCAUGUACUAGAGGUUAGAGUAUGGAAUACCAAGUCCAAGCUCUCACCCAAAGCAAAGUAUGAUCGACCCAAGGCAUUCAGGAUUCCCAUAAAGCGCCUUAACUCCAAAGGGGAGGCUGGCACUGAUCUCAACAGCAAAGAUGUACCUGGGGUAAUACAGCGCCCGUCAAAGUUUUCCGUAGUGUACCAUGACCAAGUGAGGAAGACAAAGUCGAACCGUCGCAUGUCAGACAGGUUGGCGACCACACUUCAAACCCAGACUUUAUUGCCUAUUGAGAGAUUGCAGGUCAACGUAAAUCCUGAUGAGAGUAGUGGGUCAAUCGAACAGAUGUCUCUUCAUCAUAGCUUCGACGUGGAGGGUCAGGUGAAGCCAGAGGGCUCCGAAAUGAUACCUGCCAUCUCCGGUGUUUCCCAGCCCUUGUCCCUGGAGACUCAGGGUGCCACACAGGAGUCAAACAGACAACUGCAAGCCAUAUACAGGAGGACACAAAAGAGAUUGGAGGCAGAGGUUGCUGAAGAGGCGAUGAUAGAAAAAGAAGGCAUAGCGGUGGUGCGAAUUAACUUCCUAGACUUGUUUGGCAAGCAUGGCUGCACUAAAAAAAAGCUUGACUCUCCGGUGAAGGAUUUGAAGGUGUUUGAAGUCAAUGUCUCAGUAGAUUCACUGUUGACUGAUGAGCUAUCAAAGGAGCUCAAUCCUAUGACGAUAACGGUACUCAAAGCCACUGGUCUGCCCUCUAAACCACUCACAUACGAUCAACUUCAACAGCGGUGUGACCCAACAUUUGUGCGGUACCAGUUCCACACCCAAUUCCCUCACUGUACUGGGGGUGUGCCUCAAACUGGAGAGGCAGGAUGGAAUGACUCUCACAUCCUCCUACUGGGCACCAUAGACCGUCAACUUCUAGUGGAGUACCUCAGAGGACCACCACUUGUAUUAGAGCUUCACGAUCGCUCCAGACGAGCAGAGGACCGCACACUGCCUGCAUUGUUUGGGGAGGAGGUUAGGGACGAUGUACUCGGCACUCACGCAUUCACUGCAGGUGUGCCCCAUUCAACCCCAUCUGCUGCUCUACACGGAGAGAGGCCAUGGAGCCCAUACGGAGUGGCAAAAUUGGACCUGAGUGGCCUGCUACAGGGGCACAGAGUAUUGGAGCUGACAGUACCUGUCACCAACGGUCCCAGAUGCUCAUCAGAGCAACAUGAAGCCUCGCUCAGCAACCCUCUACCCCCUGGUGACUACAUAGGCUCCCAAUGUCAGCUCAAAGUACUCGUUGAAGUCAGUCACCCAUUAUGCUUGAGUCCAGUCCUCAAUGUGGAGAGCUCCACCAAGACUACGUCUGAACAUGAUAGAUGUGACAGCAAAGCAUCCCCUAAACGCUUGAGUACUGACAGGCGUAAAAACACAAUGCCUGAACUUAAUCGACUCCCUAGCAAAUCUAGACUCGCAACAAGUCUUCAGGGGCGAGCAAGCAAAGUAUCUGGAUCUAGACGUGUUAGUCGAACUGCAGCGGAACUUAUCAGCGAGUCAACAUUGGAGAACAUAGCAAAUUUGAGGCCUGACACUUGUCCUUUCAACCGAGUCAUCUACACUGUAUCAUCAGCCGGAAAUAGCAUAGUUCAGCAAUUGAUUACCAAUGUGAAUGAGGUGAAUGCUAAAGCCCUCGGUUUAGAGGACCUAUCGGAGGAUGUUCUACCAGCCGCCCUGUCCACAUACAAGCUGACAAAGGAGCAGAUGACGAGUGGGGAAUGUGAUGUCAUUACUGGAUUCCACAUGGAGGACAGUGAGCACCAUGUGAUAGUGUUGGAGGGGCUCAAGAGUAGAGGACUCAAAAAAAUCUGGGAGGAAUCGCCUCAUCACACAACUCAAAAUGAGACCAUCAUAAAAGUUCUCUACAAUUCUGAGUUUGAGUUCUCUAAGCGACUGUACGCUGUAUUGGACGUGGACCUCUCCAAAAUCUGUCUUUACCACUCGCUGAGUGAUCUAACUAGACAGUCGUUGCUCUACAUCAAGGACAGCAUCCCAGAGAAGUGCUUUAGGGCUCUAAUGAUUCUCGAUGAGCUGUGCUGUGUCAGUGAGAUGAGUGAUGUGACUAGGAACAACCUCUUCCCCUCCCCCGAGGAGGUGACUGCCCUUAGCCUACAAUUGGCCCUGCCAGCAACUGCCGGACUCUCAGACAAUGGCAAUGCUCCAGCGGACCAAUCUGCCACAGCUGUUAGCAUACAGGCACACACCCCUCGUGAAUGGGUACCACUGGAGCUGACCAACCCACAGUUUGAGAAACAACUCAUAGAGAGACAUAGCCUACCUGCUGUUGACUUUCUUGCUACCAACAAGCUCCGUGUACAGAAUCUGUCUGAGGUUGCAACCUCCAGAAAGUUGCAUCGUCCCUCCAGACAGCGCUCUCUCAGUGAGGCUACACCCAUCCACAACUACAGCUCCCAAACUUACAACUCCGUACGGCUAGCCAAGACCAAGCUGAGGGAGAGAUUGGCUUCAGACCCUCACCAUCGAUACACCUACUGUCAGCACUACCACUCCAGGACUGUGGUUCCUGUGGACACUGAAGUCGAAAAGAAGGAGCAAGCGCAAGAAGAGCGUGGGAAAUGGCGAACUAACGAAGGCUUUGUGUACCCUGGAAUACCAAGUGCUAGAAGCAGCAACACACACUCUAAAGUGCUCCAUCCUAGUAGAGUGGAGAGCUUACAGGAGGUCUUUGAAGACAACCUCCUUCACGCCAACAGCCUGAAGCCAACUGUCGAAAGAGUUCAAUUUAACUGGGAGAGCAGGAAUGAUGACUUUGAGCGUUGGAAGAGACCGCCCCCUGUGCUGGGACUGCCGCUGCCAUUGACCAUACACCUGGCGGGGGAGAGCAGGACUAAGGAAUCACAGGAGAGACUGGAUAUUGAGCAGACCGAGUGGAACAACAAAUUGGUUGUCACUAAUCCACGCUUCAAACCAUAUAGGCGCGGAAUACAGACUGAGCUGGCAAAGUCUGGCCCCAAAGCUAGCACACAACUGAACAAAUUGAGCGGUCUGCUGAAGGACUCUCCAAUAAAGCACAGUUUGAAGCAAGCUGGAUUAACAGUACACGACAUUCCCGCCCUAGAUGUGCUCCAUAACCCCCAAAUGGUGAACCCUAGCAACGGCCAGCCAAAAGAUGAUUUGUGCAAGAAAGGUUACGUACCAGGACCUGAGAUCUCCAGGAGUCUUACACUAAGCAGCAAUGUGAUUCCGCUGACCACCUAUCCUCACAAUUCAUGCAAUGGAAUAGUAAAGCAUCCACAGAACUUCAGGCUUUACUACCACAUUCCGACCCUACCGGCUGGGGCCAUGGCUGGAGUCACAUCAGAGGGAGAUUAGAACAUGAGACUAUCAGCCGUCUGUGUGAAUUUUUAUAUCAAUCUCUAUAUACACGUAGUAGCCAUGCAUAUCAAAUUGAUGUUUGUAACGUUUUGUGGAAUCAAAAAAAUGGCAAUUUGUGAUGAUUGA